AUGAGCUACCUUUACAGCUGCGAGCAAAUCCAGGACGGAGAAGGAACAAGUGUGACGUCUGUUCUGGUCCAAGAAAUCCAAGGUGAACCAGAAAUCUCACCGAGUUCACUUCUCAAAUCUACCAACAGCGCAUACGAGAUUAGCGAUGCAGACACAGACUGGUCAGACAUGGCUGCCUUUGAAAACGAAGACGAUCUGAAUUUUAGCGACACUGAUGAAGAUGACAUUGAGGCACGUUGGUUUCCUUCUCUUCUCCAGGAAUCUUUUAUUCAACCUUUGGAUGACAGCGAUGACGAAGAAGCGCUUGAUUCAUCAGUCCUAGUUGAAUCAGCAGUCAUUGUCUCCUCAGCUGAUGUUGCAGAAAUCAUCGAAAGCGAAUACUCUGAUGAUGGUGAUGGCGGUUUAUCUACAGGUAAAUCAGGAUCACCAAAGUCCAGUGAUCGCAGAAAGUCACGAAAGCUGUGGCGUGACAAACCUGAACAGGAAAAGCAAAUCGCACAACAACAGUCACUAGUCCCUAUUGAAAGACACAAAAUCAUCUCUGCUGUAUUGAGCCCAUUCUUUUUUAAGGAUAACAAUAACAACAAAAGGUUUGGUAUUAAGUCUGUAAGCAUAUUGAAGGUCGUAUUUUCAUAUGAUGCUUUUUAUUACAACAACAUCGGAUCUGUUCUCUUCUGUAAUCCAACCCGUCUCCAUGCCUCCAGAUCUCUUUCUGGUCAGUUGUUGUCUCAAAGAAUGAAAAUAGGCUUGAUUUUUGUAUCAUUUGAAUCCCAUAAGACCAAAUUUGAUCCUCCCAACCGAUUGCAAAAAAAGAUGGAAGACAAGGGCAGAAGCUGGACGGCGCAAAACAACAUUCGCGAAGUCACCCGACGAAGUUCUGGUUGCGGUUGUAAUGGUGCUGGAAGAACUUCCCGACUUGACCAAUUUCCAAGGACCUUCAGGAUAUUGUCCGACAGGGAGGAAAUGGUGGAAACUUGCACUGGAACUAAAGGUUGGUGGGGUCUUGACAGAAAAAAAAAACCUUUGGAGGGCGAGCUCGGGAAUCACGGGGAUGAUCGCGAAUGGUACAAAAAAAGCUUGGAUGUGAGGGGGGUAGAGAUCCAAGGCAUAUACGAAAACCAGGCAGUAGGAUCUGUCAAAAAGGUCCCAACGAUUUCAAAUGACAGUGAGCCAGAAGAAGGGGAUGGAGGGAGAGUCAAUUCUUACGGACAUGAGCUGGAGAUAACGUGA